AUGCAGUACUCCUCAGAGGCACCGACUGUUGUAGUUGAUGCCAAAGAAGAGCCCAACAUUGAAGAUGAUGAGAAUCCUCUAUCGUGUUCGCCACAAGAGGUCGCACUUCGACAGGCCAAGGAAGAUCGUUUGCCUACCCUCCUCUCCGAAGACUCUCCUAUAUUCGACCCUAGUAAAAGGGCCGGGGGGCGGGUACCAUUAUCGGUCUGCAAGGGGCUCACGUUUGUCGAGACACCGACCGAGAGUAGUGAGGAGUCCGCCGAUGAGGGCGCCUUGGAGCCUUCGGGGGUAGCGGGUCGGACCAACAUCGCCUACGCCUUCUGA